AAUGUGACCCCAUCUCAACUUUCUCCGAUCCCCACUUUCUUUAUCACUUGACACUUUUCUACCUCGUUUUUCUUGCAUCCCAAACAACAAUAAGAUAAACUAAUCUUUAUUUGGCAUUCACUAAAACAAACUACUAUUACUACUAUAACAAAGGUUGUAGUUAACGAGUUUGUUUUCUUCAAAGAUUGUGCAGUAUCGUUUUUGGAGCACAAUUACAAAGAACAGGGUAUAUGAGAAAAGUGUGUGUUUUUCCCCUUUUUGGUGAUAUUGUGUUGAAGAAGUGAACAAGUUUCAAGAAUUGGGUCAAUCUUGAAUUUUGUUGAAACUCUUUGGUAGAGCUUUUCUUGGUUGUGCAAGAAAAGAUGGGUUCUUUUCCUGGGCAUGUUCUUCCUGGAACACUGUUUCUUGUGAUUGGUGUGUGGCAUAUAUGGUCUGCUCUGGUUAGGUAUUCAUCAAAUCCCAAGUCAUUCAGGGUAAGGGUUUGGAGCCCUGUUCCAGGUUUUGAUGGGAAGCUGAAAUAUUUGGAACUUUAUGUCAUAGCAAUUGGAGGUUUUAUUGAUUUCUGUAUUGAGCUCUUCUAUUCGACCCACCUCAAACUUCUCGUUCAUGGGGUUUUGAAUCCUACUCAUAUGAAUAACUUUGAGCAUUCUGGAAUGCUUCUCAUGUUCGUCAUCUUCGGUUUGAUUGUGCUACUUUCAGAGAAAACAAGUUUUCUUCCCUUGCCUGAAGGAGCUCUGUGCUUGAUCGCUGCCACAGCAUUCUCUGCAGAGUAUUUCUUGUUCUUUUUCCACUCCACAACCCACAAAGGCCUCGAAGGGUACUAUCACCUCAUCCUUGUCCUCCUCAUAGGCCUCUGCAUAUUGACGACUAUCGCUGGAGCUCUUAUGCCCACGAGUUUCCCUAUUGACUUGGCUAGCGGCAUUUCUGUAGCACUCCAAGGCCUCUGGUUCUAUCAAACUGCAUUCACUCUGUAUGGUCCUAUGAUGCCAGAGGGUUGCCAGCUCAAGGGGAACGAUGUCAUGUGUCGUUCAGAAGAUAGCGAAGUUCGAGGAGAGUUGCUAGCAAACUUCCAAUUUUUCUCCAUGAUUUUUGUUGUCCUUGCUGCCACUGCUGGAGCUUAUGGUUUUGCAGCUUCAGAGACUGGUCAUUCAGAUAUUAGGAAUUCUCAUGUGCCUCUUGAUGGUUAGGGACAUUGACAGUACUCAGUAGUACGGGUGUACAUGGAUCGGGUUGGUUCAGAUUUUUUACAAAUCAAACCAAACCAUUUGUGUCGGGUUAUUAAAUCUAUAAACCAAACCAAACCAAUAAAAGUCGGGUUUUUCGAUAUCAAUUUUUCUCGGGUUUUUCGGGUUUUUUCGGAUUUCUCGGGUUUUUCAUAGUAUCUAAUAAAAAACACAGAGCAGUGCUUCUUAAAAAGAGCUCUAGUACAAAAUAUCAACAUAUAAGAUGGAGGCACAACACGGUUUGACUCUUUUUAGUUAAAACCAAACCAACCCUAUAAUGGUCGGGUUUUUUUUUCAAACACCAAAUCAAGUUAAAUCAAAUCACUAGUCGGGUUUUUUUUCCGUUUUGAUUCGAUUUGUCAGUUUGGUGCGGUUUAUCGAUUUGCCCUGUACAACCAUACUUAGUAGUAUUAGCCAUUUUUGUAACAUGUUCUUUGGAUAGGGAAAGGCUUUUAAAUGAGCAUAUUUAGCAUGUUGCUCUUAAAUGAUUCAUUUGUCUAGCCUGGUAAGUGUCAGUCUGACAUUGAAAAAAAGACUAUUGUUGUAUUGUUACUUUAAUCAAGGUAUAGUUGCUGAUAA